AUGAAGGUUGACAAAUUCUUACGUAUAAAGAAUACACAACCAUGUCUUGGUGUUACGCCCCAGACAAAAGUUACUCUUUUCGCGUCACCCCCACAUCAAGCCCCCUUCUUCGCCUUGGUAAGAAAGAGCACAAAGGUAUCGCUUAGAGGCCAGGUGCUUUGCACUCGGGGGCUUGGUUUGUAG